UUGAAAAGUUUAGAGACAGUGCAAAACAUUUUUCUACACAAGAUUUACCACUAGUUACUCGUAAGGGGGUAUACCCGUAUGACUACACAGAUGAUUGGGAUAAGCUUGAAGAAACCAGUUUACCGGCGAAAAAAUAUUUUUACAGUACAUUGGACGAAUCACAUAUAAAACAUGAGGAUUUUGAGCAUGCAAAUACAGUUUGGAAUCAUUUCAACUGUCAAACACUCGGGGAAUACUCUGAUCUUUAUUUAAAAAUCGACGUGCUGCUGCUGACUGAUGUAUUUGAAAAUUUCCGAGAUCUCUGUAUAAGAACUUACCAUCUGGACCCAUCAUUUUACUACACAGCACCGGGAUUUAGUUUUGACUGUAUGCUGAAAUACACGGGUCAACAACUUGAACUGAUUUCGGAUUAUGAUAUUUUGUUAAUGUUCGAGAAAGGAAUUCGUGGCGGCUUGACCCAGGCGAGCAUGAGAUAUGCAAAGGCGAAUAAUGAAAAGACACCAGAUUAUGAUCCAACACAACCAAAAUCAUGGCUUGUUUAUCAGGAUUGUAACAACUUGUACGGUUACGCAAUGUCACAAUUCAUGCCAUACGGAGGAUUUAAGUGGGUUGAGCCGAAACUAGAGGGGCUAAAUGAUUUAAACGAUAGAUCACCAAUCGGGCGGAUGUAUGAGGUCGAUAUAUCAUAUCCAAAAGAACUUCACGACAAGCAUAAUGAUCUGCCAUUCCUACCGAAAAAUAGUAUUCCACCUGGUUCAAAAGUUAAAAAACUUAUGGCGACUUUAGAAUCAAAGAAAAACUAUGUGAUUCAUUAUCGGAACCUGCAGCAGGCUAUAGCCAACGGACUCGUUGUGGAAAAAGUUCACAGAGUUGUGCAGUUUAAUCAGUCGGACUGGCUUAAAAAAUACAUAGAAUUAAACACUGAGAUGCGGAAAAAGCGAGGAACGACUUUGAAAAGGGUUUCUUCAAACUCUUAA